CGGUUGGGCGCCGGACAAAUUUUUAGUUAACGUUUAAUCCUCUUUUGCAGAGGAGUUAUACAAAUGUGCAUGAUAAGGUGAAUGUGAUGUUCUUAAACUCUUUCUGCUUCAAUAUUUGAACAUCAAUAUUGGAAAUUAAAAUUCAGGAUGGGAAGGGAAGGAGUAGGAAGGAAUUUACAGUCCAGUUUACCAAGACCAAAAGUAGAAAGAGAAGAACAGCUGCGUGAGGUGAACGAGCUAAAGAAGGCCCUGAGUAGAACCAGACAGGAGCUCCUCAGGACUAAGGAGAUUAACCGAAGUAGUAGUGAUGAGGAGGGAGGAUUAUGUGUGAAGGGAGGAAUGUCAAGAUCUGGCAGUUUAUCAGGGUUACCAGGGAUUGGAGGUAUGGGAAGUCGAUCUGGAAGUAUUAAUGCUUUAUCAAGCAAACCUAGCUUAAACAGGGAGCUUGUGACGAAACUAAGGAGUAUGACGGAAACGAUAAAAAUGUUGAGUUCUGAGAAUGUUGCACUCAGGACGGAAAACGAGUCUCUGAUCAGUGCUAGACCCGUCAAUGAUCUGAUGGGUAGAGAGGAGGAGAUAGAACACCUUGUUAAAUCCUACGAGAACCAACUAAAGGAGUCGGAGCAGAAAAUAAAGGAAAUGGAGAAAGAAUUAGAGAAAGCCAAUGACAAGGAUGGAUCUAUUGAGAAGACGACAGAAAAAGAUAAAUAUAAGGCACUAGCAAGACGAUUAAAGGAGGAGCGGAAUACUUACAAGAAUAUAGUUGAGGAAAAAAAGCUGGAGCAAGAUGAAUUAAAGGUUGAGAUUGAGAAGAUGACAGAUAUUAUUGGAGAACUGAGAAGAAACUGCGGCCAGUUGCAAGAUGAGUUAGAGAUAGUUUAUGAACCGGGAGAAAGGAAGGAUAAAGGAGUUCAAACCAGUCCUGCCCUCUCAAGAAGAGCCAGCUCAGGAGAUAUCAGAAUCCGUGGACAUGCUAAGAGAUCACGAUCUACUGUAUCUCCGCAGUGUAUAUCAAGGCAACAGCAGCUGAAUAAAUCAAUAGAACUUAGCAAACCUAAACCAAGGGGAGGAGUAAACCCUUCUCCAGGUUCAAAUAGUACUCAAGGUCCUUCAGGAAAAGGCCCGAAGAUUGCCAAGCCAGUGUCAAGAGCUGGAAUAAAGCCAGCAUCUCCUGGUUCUAAAACCCCCUGCUCCAGUGCUCCAGGAUCUACUCCACAGUCUCCCAGAGCCUCUAGAGUCCCUGGUUCUAGGACCCCAGGACCUAGUCCCUCAAAGAUUCCAACUCCAAGUAAAACAACUUCAAAACUGCCAAAGUCUGAAUCCAGCCAAAGUCUACUACAAAGACGAAGAUUGGGUCGAAUGUCGUCUUCCACGUCUGAAGAUGAUAGUUUCAACCAAAUGGAUGUUACCGAGGAUUCAUCACACAGCAGAAAAUAUUCAAGGUUCGUAAAAAGGGCCUACCAAAGUAUGGAAAUCUCUGAGCAAUCUACGCACUCGGCGCUUCAUCUAGAUACAAAUAUCGAGCUCAAAAUAAUAGAAGAUGUUGAUAAAGAGAAUCCUGUAACUGCAGAGGACAAAGAGAGGAAUAUGGAGGAUGAUGAGGUUGAUGAGGAUGUUGAGGAAGGAGAAGAAUUCCCUGCUCCCCCACCCCCUGAAGAUCUAGCUAAGCUGAGUAUGGAAGCACAAUUUAAGAUAGUUAGUGAAACAGUUGAAAGGGCUUGUGAUAGGUUCGGACAAAAUGAAGGUAUUGAGCAGUUCACUCCUCGAACAACGAGAAAGGUUGACAGUUUCAAGGAAAAGCUGGCAGCAAGGAGAAUUCAGAGAACUUGGAAACAUUUUUAUCAAGAGUUAGAGGAGAAGAAAGCUGAAGAUGAGAAUUCGUUUUCCAGUCUUCCAAUCCUUCUAAACCCUGAACCCAGACCUCCUGUUCUUCCAAACCCUGACCUCCUCUACUCCGAACUUCAAGAGGUCAAGAAUAAAGCGACCUCUGAACACCAGAGGUUGUUUGAUGAGGAGGAGGCCAGAGAUUCAUCAGUUUCCUCAAUCCAGGCUGCUAUUCUGGGACAAGAGUUGAGAUCUAGAGGAUUAUCUUUUCUUAGGGAAGGAUCUUUCUCUAAUAUGAAGACCAGGGGAGGGAUAUAUACUGCUAGGCCUUGGAUGAUAACCAGUGAGUCAGAAAGCGAGGAAGACGACAUCCAGACAAUACAGGGAAUAGUUCGCUCACAUUCUUUCCGACUUGGCACAAUCAACGAGGGGGAUGUGUUUAGACCUGGCAAGGUGAGAUCUAUUAGAGAGAAGUUUACCCGUGAAUCUCCUGAUGGAGAAAGUGACAAUAUUUUAACUGGAAGAUAAAAUUUUAAAUUUGUAAACUUGUAAAAAAGAAAUUGAAUCUUUGGCACAACCUGAUAAUGUAAACCUUUGGUAUUUCAAAUCAAAUUUUUCUAAUAGAACUCACAGUAUGAAAUAUCUAAGGUAUACGGCAUUGGGAUAUAUGGAAUAGAAAGUGUUUGGCAAAGACUCAAUUCCUUGAGUUAACCAUAAACAAGCGGGGGGGGGGGGGGCGCUAGAUGUCCCCCUCUAAUUUGUUUGUCUCAUUUUUGUUGUGUUGGAACAGGGUGCUUAAGAGUCCGGUCUGUGUUCAAAAAAAUUUUAAAUAGCCCAUAUUUUUUUUGUGAUUAAAGCUACAGAUCCCCUUGAAAAAUAGAUAUAGAAACAUUUGUCACGCUUCAAUAUUUGUUUAAUACAAAAAAAGUAUUUUUACUUUUUUGAUAAUUUUUUUGCCAUUCUUUUCAACCCUCCC